AUGGGACGCGCGCGGCGGAGGGCGAAGGGCAGGCCGGCGGCGCCGUAGACGCGGGGCACGCUCGCUCCCUCCCUCUCUCCCUCCGGUGCUAUCAAAUGAUGCUGUUUGGAAAAAUUUCCCAGCAGUUGUGUGGCUUAAAGAAACUCCCAUGGUCAUGUGACUGCAGAAACUUCUGGGGUUGGUUGAAUGCAGUAUUUAAUAAAGUGGAUUAUGAACGCAUCAAGGAUGUGGGACCCGAUAGGGCAGCAUCUGAGUGGCUGCUGCGCUGUGGGGCCACGGUGCGCUACCAUGGCCAGGAGAGGUGGCAGAAGGACUACAACCACCUCCCAACUGGACCUCUGGACAAAUACAAGAUUCAGGCAAUUGAUGCCACCGACUCUUGUAUCAUGAGAAUUGGAUUUGAUCACCUGGAGGGCCUACAGCAUGUUGAAAAAAUAAGACUAUGCAAGUGUCAUUAUAUUGAGGAUGACUGUUUGGAGAGACUUGGUAAACUUGAAAAUUUACAGAAAAGCAUAUUGGAAAUGGAAAUAAUUUCAUGUGGGAAUAUCACAGACAGAGGCAUCAUUGCUUUAUAUCACUUAAGAAACCUCAAGUAUUUGUUGUUAAGAGAUCUUCCUGGAGUAAGAGAAAAAGAAAACCUUAUCCAAACCUUUAAGACAACACUGCCUUCUCUGGAACUAAAGUUAGACUUGAAGUAAAAUAAUAAUAUUCGAUAGGUGUCUUAUUUCAAUAUACAGUAUCAUUUGAAAUUGUUGACCCUAAACAGCAACAAAUAUUAUAUAAUCAUCAACAGACCUUAAGGAUGUCAUAUCAUGACAUUUCAGAAGCAGAGUCCAUCAUGUAGAGAAUAAAAUAUUCAGACAUGACUCA